AUGGCUCGCAUUCAGAUCCCGCUGGACGUCAUCACGUCUCGCAUCAACUUCGGCGAGCGCUUCCAGGGCCUUCGCUCUGGUCCUCUCAGCGGUCGCUUCUCUAACCUUCGACCUCUGUCCGAGUUCCUCGACGUCAAGCGAGUCUCGAAGCCCGCCAACUUUGCCGAGAUGCAGUCGCGCGUCAACUAUAACCUGAGCCACUUCUCGAGCAACUAUGCUGUCAUCUUCGUCAUGCUCAGCAUCUAUGCUCUGCUCACCAACUGGGUCCUGCUCUUCGACAUCAUCUUUGUCGUCGCCGGCAUGUGGAUCAUUGGCCGCCUCGACGGUAAUGAUCUUGAGAUUGGUACCUUCCGUGCCAGCACAUCUCAGCUCUACACUGGACUCGUCGUCAUUGCCGUGCCUCUUGGUCUGUGGGCUUCGCCCUUCUCGACCAUGCUCUGGCUGGUUGGCGCAUCUGGCGUGACCAUUAUUGGCCACGCCGCAUUUAUGGACAAGCCCAUCGAUGAGGCUUUUUCCGGGGAGGCGGUCUAG